AUGGCCAACACCCACACCCGCAGCUUAGAAGUCACCGUCAUCUCCGGCGAAGACCUCCGCAUCAACGACCAGCCCAUCAAGAACAACGCCUUCGUCACCGUCAAGGCCGACUCUCGCGGCUCGUCAUCAUUGCAAGACUCGACGAAACCCGACGCGCGGAGCGAGAGCUACCCUUACUGGGACGAGAAGCUCCACGUGGACUUGCCCGCGGGCUCUCGCCACGUCGUGGUGGUGGUCUGCCGGAGGAGCUCCGCGGCCGGAGACAAGCUCGUCGGGACGGCCUGGAUUCCGGUGUCGGACUUCGUCGGAGACUACACGCCGGAGAAUUACCUGCAUUUCUUGAGUUACAGGCUGAGAGACGCCAAAGGCCUGCGCAACGGGAUCAUCAACAUCUCGGUCAGGGUCGUCACGUCUUCAUAUGGAGGGACCGCCGCACAGUCUUCGUUGCCGUCGGAGCCGAAGUUCGGGAUGCCGGUGGAGCGCGAGAAGAACGGGGGGACGGUGACCGGCGUGCCGGUUCGAUAUCCCAAUCCAUGGAAAUCUUGA